GUUGCGAUUUGUUUCAACUACAUAAUCGCUGAUGCCUAAGGUAGAAAGAUCUCUCAGCCUCAAUGGGUCCAACGUGCUUCAGCCUCUGACCCCACACUGGAUUUCCCGAGAUUAAUUUACACUGACGGACAACAUCGAUAAUUAUCAGCUGAAACGACAACAACGGCUUGUGUCACAACCGUGCGGUUUGAGAAACGUACCGCUGAGUGAUAUCUUCUCUUCUGAACCAUCGCUCGUCCCAUCCCAUCCAUCCAUCUAAAGGAGAGACGAAAAGCAAGAUGAUGAAAAAAAAGGAAGUCUACACAAACAUCACCCCCCUCCCAUCCUUCAUUCCCCGCCAACUAGCCCUCGACAUCCUCCACAGUCACAGUGAAAUCAUAACCCUCAACCCUUUGGUUCUCUCACACAAACCCAUAUCUGCGCCCCGCGACGCCCCCGCCGAAGAUAUUAUUCAACCUGGUACGAAAUCUCCGAAAGAAUCCAAGUCGUCCCCGGUG